AUGAACAAGAAUGAAGGCAUUAUCAUUUACAAUCAUCCUAAGUCUACAUCUCGAAAUUCGCAUCCCGGAUUUUUCGAAGCAUUCCGACUAUUAGGAUCAGCAAUUAUAUGUAUCUUCUUUCUCUCAGCCCUCAUCAUCAAGGCUUCUCCUUUAUUAUGUCCUUUACUAUGCGGCAGGGAGACUUUGCACAACUCUCCGCCUUCUUCCCCGGCUGCCAUCCUGCCAGUCUCAUGUCAUUCCCAUAAUGACUACUGGAGAGAAAGACCGCUAUUCUCAGCCUUGGAGGCUGGCUGUGUGGGCGUUGAAGCUGAUGUCUGGGCCUACAAGGAUGAGCUAUUUGUUGCCCAUAGCCUUGACACCAUGGUGCCAAAUCGCACCCUGAAGUCGAUGUAUCUCAACCCGCUUAUCCAGCAGUUGGAAGACACAGGAACGUCUCUGUCUGCUCUACCAGCUACGGCACCCCGGGGCCUAUAUAAAUCCCGCCCGACACAGACAUUGGUGCUCCUAGUGGAUUUCAAGUCACAUCCAGAAAGCACUUGGUCGCUCCUGAUGAGGCAAUUGGAGCCUCUUCGCCGGUCUAUGUUUCUAACAUCAUACGUCAGCAAUCAGAAGAUCACAAGACCCAUCACCGUUGUCGUGACUGGGGAUAUCCCGGCACAUGUGCUGAAUCAAGAUGAGUCUGCUGCACCCCGCGAUGUGUUCCUCGAUGCCCCUCUCUCAAAUGUACAAAGUGGUCUUUACGAUGCCGCCAACUCCCAUUGGGCCAGCAUGUCUCUCCCAAAAUUAGUCGGAAGAGUCUCGCCUUCAGGCUUAAACUCAUUACAGUUGGACAAAAUUCGAAGCCAAGUUCGAUCAGCCCACGAUCACGAACUCCAAGUACGCUUUUGGAAUUUGCCGACCUGGCCCAUUGGGUUGAGAAAUAAUAUAUGGGCCUCAUUGCGGGAAGAAGGUGUUGAUAUUCUCAAUACCGAUGACCUCCAAAACGCAGCAAAUGUUCUCAGAGAAGACGAUACCCCAUAA